AUGGGUUCGUUCGGUAGUUUUCUUUUCGCAUACUUAAUCGGCGGACUCACCUUCAUCCCGCUGGUCCUGUCGCUGGUUCUUCUUCAUGCGUAUCUUACGCUUCCGCGCGCUUCCCCGCCCUCCAAUCACCCAGACGAACCAUCUCCCGAUAGCAUCCAGCGACCGACCGAUGAUCAGUUCAGUCUGAAAUCUGGCACAGAUGAGCUAGCAGAAAGGUUCCAUCGGACUCACGAGUCCGAUGUUGCUGCCGGAUAUUUUGCUGUCUGUCGCGAGUAUGUCCCUGGUGGAGUCAAUGGCAAGCCUCCCGAGAGAACCACCCCGGCGGGUGAGGUGAUCGCCGCCGAGAGCCCCAGCGUCUACCAAACUAUGUACCGGAGUCUGUUUGACAGGAAGCAAACGCCGACGAUUGAGCCUGCGAAAAACACUGGGAAGAACGGGAAAAGGGCCCGGAAUGUGUUUUACAUUGUUCUGCGACAUGGCCAUUUGAUGCUCUAUGACGAUGCCAACCAGGUGGAAGUCCGAUAUGUCAUUUCGCUCGCCCACCAUGAUGUGAGCAUUCACGGUGGUGAAGGAGAAAUCGUGGAGGGCGAAUUGUGGCUGAAAAGGAAUGCCAUUUGUCUUUCGAGGCGUUUGGACUCUCUUGGUGACCUGGGAGGGCCGACCCCUCCGUUCUUCCUCUUUUCCGAUAACUUAUCAGAAAAGGAGGACUUUUACUUCGCUAUGCUCCAAAACCAGACCAGAAUGGGCGACUUUCCAAAUUGUCCGCCCAAGCACCAGCAGUUUGACGUCAAGCAUAUUGUCACCCUAGUCCAACGCCUGCAUUCUUCCGAGGAGCAGCUGCAGACGCGAUGGAUCAAUGCUGUACUCGGCAGACUGUUCUUGGCUUUAUACAAGACACCGGAGAUGGAAGAGUUCAUUCGGCAGAAGAUCACGAAGAAGAUCUCCCGGGUCAACAAGCCGAACUUCAUCAGCAAAAUCUGUUUGCAGCGAAUUGACAUGGGUGAAGGCGCCCCUUUUAUCACCAACCCAAGGCUCAAGGACCUGACGGUCGAUGGAAACUGCUGCGUGGAGACUGAUAUCCAAUAUACCGGCAACUUUCGCCUGGAGAUCUCGGCCACUGUUCGCAUUGACUUGGGCCCUCGUUUCAAGGCACGAGAAGUUGACAUUGUGCUCGCUGUAGUUCUCAAGAAGCUAGAAGGCCAUAUGUUGAUUCGGUUCAAACCUCCGCCCAGUAACAGAGUGUGGGUUUCUUUCGAAACAAUGCCAAACAUGCUUAUGGACAUCGAACCGAUUGUCAGCUCGAAGCAGAUCACUUACGGCAUCAUUUUGCGAACUAUCGAGAGUAGAAUUCGCGAAGUUGUCGCGGAGAGUGUUGUUCAGCCCUACUGGGACGAUAUUCCCUUCCUGGACACUGCUUCGCAGCCUUACCGUGGCGGCAUCUGGCAACGCGAGAUCCCAGGACAAGGUUCAAAGGCCGAGAUUCCUGACGAGUCAAUCAGUCAGCCACAGACUCCGACUCUAAAGGAAUCAAUCGAGGCUCUGAAGGCGAAGGACGAUCGCACAAUGAGCAUGCCGGUGCUUUCGGAAACCACUUCCGGAUCGCUGAAAUCCCGCAAAAGCUCCAAGUCGGUCACAACAGACUCCGAAACGAGCAUAUCAUCUGCCGUUGACAAAGCAAGCGGUCCAUCUCUGCCGCGCGCUAUUCGAUCUCAAACUUUUUCUAAUGUUGCCGAUCCUGUCGUCACCGCUGACAAUAUCAAGAUCGAAAAAGUUACGAGUGAUUUCAAGGGCGAAGAGAAGAGCAGUGCUGCCAGUGCCAUGAUUGAGAUUUCCAGCCGUUCGCCUCCUAGCUCGCCGAAUAAGACGCCGAACGGAUCGCCGCCCACAAUCAGCCACAUGAGCCCAGAAAAGCUAACCCCCAGUCGAGGGUCAUCAUUUACGGAGUCUAUUGAGAGUAUUGGCGAGCUCGCCAGCCGCUCCCCAGCGCGCCCUACAUCUGCUCACUUGGCCAGUGAAUCGUCAACCAGUCUCCGAAGUGGUAAUGGUAGUUCCAAGACGUCCAUCAAUAACGAGAGAUCGCGCAGACGAAGCACGUUGGAAACUCUAGAGACCAUGACCAGAUCAGCCACAUCUUCGACUGUUCCCGAAGAGAAGCCAAAAAUCUCAAUCUCGCUGGGUACAGCGACCGCCGCAGCAAAGAAAUGGAGCUGGAGUGUGUUUGGAAAGGGAGAUUCCAAUGGCCAGGAACCCUCUCGGCCUGCAGGCACUCCCGACGAGCCGAUCGGACGUGGUCAUCCUCUUCCUCCUCCAGGCACCCCAUUACCGCGCCCCGAUAAGUUCGGCAUCAAGAGUAACCCUAUUCCCCGACGGAAGCCUGUACCACCGCCAGUCCCCGAGCGUUCCAAAGAUGACGCGAAGAGGCCUGUCCCAAAGCCACCCUUGCCAAAACGGAAGCCUCUUACGAGACCGGAGGGUGACGAAAGCAGCCCCGACGAAUUGCUCGUGGUUGAGGCGCCGUACGACUCGACGCCCAAUAGCCCGGCGCCUGAUUCCGCUUCUGACAUAGAUAUCAUACAGCCGAGUGCGAUACAGGAAAAUACUCGGGAUCUCUCCCGUUCCAAAUCGAACGAUGUGGUUGCAAGCCGUCCCUGGGAGGAUGAUGCGGAGCAAAAAUCGCGGGAGCACGACUCCAUUGCUCAAGGAAUGCCCGAUAUCACAAGGCACGGCAUAGAAAUAUUAUCGGCAACAGAUGGAAUCGUACCUUAUUAUCGCAAGUGUUGCUUGUCAUCCACACUCGCUGUCACGGGCCCACCGGCUCCCGCCGCAUCUACGAUCGUCUUCUGCUCCCCUGAUCCCCGCGAAAUCGUGAAAUCGCACGCCUUCAAGAUGAGUCGCACGGAGGCUGAUCUCGCGAUCAAUAUUCGGAAAGCCACAAGUAUCGAGGAAACCGCCCCGAAACGGAAACAUGUCCGCAGCUGUAUCGUCUAUACGUGGGACCACAAGUCAUCUGCCGCCUUCUGGGCUGGCAUGAAAGUUCAACCUGUGCUUGCCGAUGAAGUCCAGACAUUCAAGGCCUUGAUUACGAUACACAAAGUUCUACAAGAAGGUCACCCGGUCGUUGUGAGGGAAGCGCAACAGCAUGUCAAUUGGAUUGAUAGCUUGAUGAGGGGUGUUGGAGGGGAUGGGAUUAGAGGAUACGGCCCACUUAUUCGUGAAUAUGUCUUCUUCCUCGAGUCGAAGUUGGCGUUUCAUCGGAAUCAUCCGGAGUUCAACGGGCUGUUUGAAUACGAGGAGUACAUCAGUUUGAAGACGAUCAAUGAUCCGAAUGAAGGAUACGAGACCAUUACCGAUCUCAUGACUCUACAGGAUCAGAUUGACACGUUCCAGAAGCUUAUCUUCUCCCACUUCCAGUCGGGAACCAAUAACGAGUGUAGAAUCUCCGCAUUGGUUCCUCUUGUGCAGGAAAGCUAUGGCAUUUACAAGUUUAUCACCAGCAUGCUAAGGGCUAUGCAUACUACUACGGGAGAUAACGAGGCACUCGAGCCACUUCGUGGUCGAUACGACGCUCAGCACUAUCGGCUAGUCCGAUUCUACUAUGAAUGUUCCAACCUGCGUUAUCUCACGAGUCUGAUCACUGUCCCCAAGUUGCCUCAAGAUCCCCCGAGCUUGUUGGGCGAAGAUGAGGAGCGUCCGGCUCUACCGAAACGGCCGACGAAGGAGGUUGAGAAACAGCCUUCUCCGCCGCCAAAGCCAGUGGCUGCUGAACCGGAGCCCAUCAACGACUUCUGGACCAACGAGGCGAAGCGUCAACAGGAGGAGUUCGAAGCGGAGCAGCGACGCCUUCAGCAACAGUGGGAAGAUCAGCAGCGCCAGCAGCUUCUUGCGCAGCAGCAAUCUCAACGUGACUUUGAGGAACAGCAGCGUCUGCAGGCAGAGCAGCAGCGACUGGCUCAGGAACAACUCUUGCGUGAGCAGUAUCAGACCCAGACUCAGGGUCGAUUGGCUGAGCUUGAACGGGAAAACUUGAAUGCCCGGGCGCAGUACGAGCGUGACCAGCUGAUGCUGCAGCAAUAUGAUCGCCGCGUGAAGGAUUUGGAGGAGCAGAUGGCGCAGCUGACCACGAACUUGAACAUGCAAAACGCCUCAAAAGACGAACAGAUUCGCGCUUUGCAGGAGCAAGUCAAUACUUGGCGGUCCAAGUACGAGGCUCUGGCUAAGCUCUACUCCCAGCUUCGACAGGAGCAUCUGGACCUUCUGCAGACGACCAAGAGCCUCAAACUCAAGGCAGCGUCAGCCCAUGAGGCGAUUGAGCGGCGCGAAAAGCUUGAGCGGGAGCUGAAGACGAAGAACCUUGAACUGGCUGAUAUGAUCAGGGAGAGGGAUCGUGCUCUACAUGACAGGGACCGCUUGACGGGGACCAAUAAGGAGGAGCUGGAGAAGCUCAAGCGCGAGCUUCGGCUUGCUAUUGAACGUGCUGAGAAUGCCGAGCGCUCAAAGGGCACUGAGAUCUCGACUUUGUUGUCGAAGUACAACCGUGAGAUGGCGGACCUCGAGGAGGCACUCAGAAACAAAACGCGCGCCUUGGAAGAAUUUUCAUCUCGGAACAUGGAUCGUCAAGGAGACCAUGAACUUGCGCUCCGCGAGAAGGAUGAAGAGAUCGAGGUUUACAAGUCGGGGAUGGAACAGGCGCUCAUGGAGCUUGAGGAGCUAAAACUGAGAACAAUACAGAGCCAGGGUGACGUCGACCACGCAUUGGACUCUCAAAUUGACACCGUCCUGCAAGGCACUGUGACCAAGAUCAAUGACAUUAUCGAUUCGGUCCUCCAAACCGGUGUGCAGCGUGUUGAUGAUGCCUUGUACGAACUGGACUCCACCAUGCAGGCUGGUAACCAGAACGCUUCUCCUCCCUACGUACUCUCUCAGAUCGAGAAGGCCUCUGCGUCCGCAACCGAGUUCUCGACCGCUUUCAACAACUUCAUCGCCGACGGCCCCAACAGUCCCCACGCUGAGAUUAUCCGCACUGUGUCUAUCUUCUCUGGUUCCAUUGCUGAUGUGUUGAGCAACACUAAGGGUCUUACUCGUUUCGCCAACGAUGACAAGAGCGCCGAUCAGCUGCUCAAUGCCGCGCGGAAGUCCGCCCAGGCGACCGUGCGCUUCUUCCGCGGACUGCAGUCCUUCCGUCUUGAGGGUCUAGAGGCUUUGCAGAAGACCGACGUUGUGAUCAAUAACAACUUGGAGGUCCAGAAAGACCUGCAGUCGUUGUCGAAACUGGUCGAUGCGUUUGCUCCCAAAAGCGCCAAGAUUAGUACCAGCGGCGAUCUGGGCGAUCUGGUGGACAAAGAGCUCAGCAAGGCUGCCGAUGCUAUCGAGGCAGCAGCAGCACGUUUGGCCAAGCUUAAGACGAAGCCUCGCGAAGGCUAUUCGACAUACGAGCUUCGCAUCAACGAUGUGAUCUUGGAGGCUGCUAUUGCCGUUACCAACGCGAUUGCAGAACUGAUCAAGGCUGCGACGGCAUCGCAACAGGAAAUUGUACGUGAGGGCCGCGGCAGCUCGUCGAGAACGGCUUUUUACAAGAAGAACAACCGGUGGACGGAGGGUCUGAUCUCGGCCGCCAAGGCUGUUGCUACCUCGACCAAUACUCUGAUUGAGACUGCAGACGGUGUUAUCUCCGGUCGCAACUCUCCUGAGCAGUUGAUCGUGGCCAGUAACGAUGUGGCCGCCAGCACCGCUCAGCUGGUGGCUGCUAGCCGAGUCAAGGCCACUUUCAUGAGCAAGACGCAGGAUCGCCUCGAGGCCGCUAGCAAGGCGGUCGGUGCCGCUUGCCGCGCUCUGGUGCGACAAGUGCAAGACAUCAUUUCCGAACGCAAUCGGGAUGAAGGGGAGACCGUCGACUACGCGAAGCUCAGCUCGCACGAGUUCAAGGUGCGAGAAAUGGAGCAACAGGUCGAAAUCCUUCAGCUCGAGAACAGUCUGGCCCGGGCACGUCAACGCCUUGGAGAGAUGCGCAAGAUUUCUUACCAGGAGGAUUAA